ACAGUUUAGCUUUUCUUUUACAUGUGCAAGCUUGCAUCAUGGUGCAUGUGGACAGCAUCUGGGGUCUCUCUCUGUUCCUGUCUCUGAGUUUAGGAUGGACGAAGGCUCAGGAGACCAACUACACCAGGCCCGUGUUCUACUGUGGAGGUGACCUGGUCACGGACUCGGGCUUCGUUGGCAGCGAGGGCUUCCCAACCUUCUACAAACCCAACAGCAAAUGCACCUGGCGCAUCACCGUCCCAGAAGGAAACGUGGUCGUGCUCACAUUCCGCAUUUUUGACCUGGAGGCUCACUCCCAAUGCCGCUACGACUAUCUGGAUGUUUACAACGGCCAUUCCAACUUGGUGCAAAAACUAGGCCGCUUUUGUGGAACUUUCCGGCCGGGUGCUCUCAUUUCCACCACAAACACGAUGAUGCUAGAGAUGGUCUCCGAUGCAGAGACGCAGGGCAGAGGGUUUGUGGCGUAUUUCAAUGGAGCCAAACCGUACGUCAAUGACCAUCAGUUCUGUGGGGGGAAGAUGACAAAAGCCCAGGGUGAGAUCAUGACGCCCAACUGGCCUGACAAGAAAUACCCUGCAGGGACCAGUUGCUCCUGGCUUAUCACUGUGGAGCCGGAUAUGGUAAUUCAGGUGAAUUUUGACAAGUUCGUCCUGGAGGCUGACUCCUAUUGCCGAUUUGACUAUGUGACCUUCUUUAACGGUGGAGAGAAAGAUGAUUCACGGCUGAUUGGAAGAUACUGUGGUGAUCGGGCCCCACAGCCUAUUACUACCAAUGGAAAUGUUCUGCUAGUCCAAUUCGUGUCUGACCUCAGUGUGACAUCUGAUGGAUUCCUUGCCCGCUACACCAGCAUCCAACGUGGUUCUCAGAUACCAAUAAUAAACUCGGGAGCCGGGUCGAGGUACAUCCCCCCAAUACCUGCAGUCAAACCUGCCACCACCAUAAAGCCAGCGGUCCCCACCGCCAAAUAUGUCCAACCAGAGCCCACCGUGAGACCCAGACCAGUGAAACCCACUAGAGGCCGUGGACAGGGCACCAGAGACCAGAAGAGGAAGGUGCCCAUCACGAGGCCAACUGGAAAGAGGCCUGUCCCUCAAAAUCCUCUGUGUGCCAAAGCCUGUAAAAGAGAUGGAACCAUCAAGACCAGUUUCUGUGCCAGUGAAUUUGUGAUAACCGGAAAGGUGACCUCUCUUGCCCCCGGGCCCCACGGUACUCUUCACAUCAGCAUCUCCCUCAUUAAGGCCUACAAAGCAGGCCGACUAACAAUCGCACAAGUCGGAGAGACCAUGUCCGUGAAGCUGGUGUCACAGUGCAAGAAGUGCCCGUUGCUCCGCAGAGGUGCCAAUUACAUUAUCAUGGGUCAAGUGGAUGAAGACGGACGUGGUACCCUGGUGCCUGGUGCAUUCACAGCUCCAUACAAAGCCCCACAUGGCAGAUUAUUAAUGAAUAUCAGCAAACAACCCUGUUAACCUUGCAAGUCUUUAAAGGCUGGGAAACUCAGAUGCCCUGUCAAACACACAAUUCCAGACAUUACAAUGUGAAAUACAGAUCUGUUGAUGCACAAUAUUACAGUGAAAAAUAACUCCAGUGUAAUCCACCAUUUUUAAAGGAAUACAAAUGAUUUAUUCAAACGCCUGUCAAACCUAAUAUAAUUUAUACAUAAAUAAAGGUUUUACAUCUCUUUCAAA